GAGCCACAUAAGUAUUGUGUAUUAGUACAAGUUGAUUCUCUUUGCAAAUUUUUAGUCAACUUUUGCUUCAGAAGAAGCUCCAUCCAUUUCUUUAUUUCUACAUUUUUAAUAUAAUUUUUCUGGGGAUGGAAGAUCAUACAUAUACUACAAUGUUCAUGAACUAUCCCUUUGGCACUUCAUCCUUGUCUAAUUUCUUGCCCAUGCACAUAAAUAGCCCACCUACCUUAAUGAAGCACGCGGCCAUUGGGUUGCUUGGUGGAGUUCGGAAGCUAGCCUCAGUUGAAAGCAAAGGAACAUGUUCUUUGCGGGAUGGAGUUGCCCUUAUUAAAGGCAGUGUGUUACAAGCAGUUCCCAUCUUGGAAAAAAAAGGUUUGAUCAUGUCGGUACAUCAUAUUGAAAGUAAUGAUCUUGUACGGUUGUGAUUGGGUCGAUCAGGAGAGGGGAAUGGACACGUUAGAAUGAACAGACUAGACGUUUUUUUUUUUUUCUUUUUUCGACAAUAAUUGAGAAACCAGACGUUUUGCUUGGAAAUUAAUGUUGCUUUAUGUUUAGGCUUUCUUUUUUUCCUUUUUUGGGAAUUUGACAUUUUUGCUUGCUGCACAUGGGAAGAAGAUUAUUAUUGGACCAACUAAAGGGAGUGAUCUAGG